AGAGAGCUCCCGCCGGCGCGUCUUUCGAAUGGAUCAGGACUAACUUUGGAGAAUGCCCGGAAGAGGCCGACGAGGACACUCGGAGGACGUACGCCCGCGUGUACUUAUGGUACAUGAUUUCGAGGACUCUCUUUCCUGACAGUGGGGGGAAGCUGGCCCAUUGGUGUUGGCUGAAGGCGCUAACGGUGUUGGAUAACCGUUGGAGUUGGGGAACAGCGGCACUUGCCUACCUCUACCGGCAGUUGGACGAAGCUUGUCGCAGAACUGGGAGCAGGACUGGGAGCGGCGGUAUUGGUGGAUGCAUGCUCCUACUUUCCGUAUGGAGCUGGGACCGCCUAUCAGUUGGGCGGCCUAGGGUACUCAACGAGAGGCCAUGGCCUCAUUACCCUCACUCUCCUGAUCGGGAGCCCACUUGGGCAUACCUUUGGGACAAUGUCUCGGAGAUGUCGGGCGAUCCAAAGAUCAUGUACAUGCAGUACACUGCGGAGUUGGACACUCUUACCGCUGAGCAGGUAACCGAUCACUCUUUUGCAAUCCUAGUUUUCAUUGAUUCUACUGGCAUGUUCUAAAUUCUGAGAUGUUUGUAUGCUGCAGGUGGA